CCCUGCAUUAGGCAGCCAGCGUCGCCCUGGAUCCUUGGGGACGGGACCCGAUGCCUCAGAUCAGGGUUUCUCUGUGAGGCGUGAAGGACCCUGGCUUUGCCCAGUGUUUGGCCUCUGGCUAAUGGGUGUGAGGAGCGCCCUGCCCCCACGCCAUCACUGUCACCAACGCGGCCUCCAGAUAGCGCCAGACGUCCCUUGGGGAGUUGAAUCGCUGCAGGCGAGCGGUGGACACGGCGCUGGCCUGAGCUGGACCGUGUCUGAUGGCUUCCUCCAACCCGCCUGCACAGCCUGCCGUAGGAGAUCCGCUGGUUCCUGCAGCCCCAGGCCCCUGCCCCGAGGCGGAGGAGGACCCGGGAGAGGCCUUUGAGUUCGAGGACAGUGAUGAUGAAGAGGACACCAGCACAGGCCUGGGUGUCUCCCGCCUUGCCCCUGAGAAGGCCGAGGACGACCCCCCUCUGAUCCACUUUGACUCCGCCCCCCGCUCGGACCCGGAUCGAGCGACUGCACCGCCCCAGACAGAGGUGCCGGCUGUGGUGAGCAAUGGGGAUGCUGUGGAUGUGGCUUUCUCUGGGGUCCAGCGCUCCAGCUGGAAGCGGAAGAGCUCCCGUCGCACCGACCGGUUCACCUUCCCUGCCCUGGAAGAAGAUGUGAUUUACGACGACGUCCCCUGCGAGAGCCCAGAUGCCCAUCAGCCCGGGUCGGAGCGGAACCUGCUCUAUGAGGACGUGCGGCGGGCACCCGGAGAGGCCGAGGACCUAGGCUGGAGCUCCAGCGAGUUCGAGAGCUACAGCGAGGACUCGGGGGAGGAGGCCAAGCCGGAGGUCGAGCCUGCCAAGCACCGAGUGUCCUUCCAGCCCAAGCUUUCUCCAGACCUGACUAGGCUAAAGGAGAGAUACGCCAGGACUAAGAGAGACAUCUUGGCUUUAAGAGUUGGGGGGAGAGACAUGCAGGAGCUGAAGCACAAGUACGAUUGUAAGAUGACCCAGCUCAUGAAGGCCGCCAAGAGCGGGACCAAGGAUGGGCUGGAGAAGACGAGGAUGGCCGUCAUGCGCAGAGUGUCCUUUCUGCACAGGAAAGACGUCCUCGGUGACUCGGAGGAGGAGGACAUGGGGCUCCUGGAGAUCAGUGUGACGGACAUCAAGCCCCCAGCCCCAGAGCUGGGUCCCAUGCCAGAUGGUCUGAGCCCUCAGCAGGUGGUCCGGAGGCACAUCCUGGGCUCCAUCGUGCAAAGCGAAGGCAGCUACGUGGAGUCGCUGAAGCGGAUCCUCCAGGACUACCGCAACCCCCUGAUGGAGAUGGAGCCCAAGGUGCUGAGUGUCCGCAAGUGCCAGGUGGUGUUCUUCCGCGUGAAGGAGAUCUUGCACUGCCACUCCAUGUUCCAGAUCGCCCUGUCCUCCCGCGUGGCCGAGUGGGACUCCACAGAGAAGAUCGGGGACCUCUUCGUGGCCUCGUUCUCCAAGUCCAUGGUGCUGGACGUGUACAGUGACUACGUGAACAACUUCACCAACGCCAUGUCCAUCAUCAAGAAGGCCUGUCUCACCAAGCCUGCGUUUCUGGAGUUCCUCAAGCGGAGGCAGGUGUGCAGCCCCGACCGCGUCACUCUCUAUGGGCUGAUGGUGAAGCCCAUCCAGCGGUUCCCGCAGUUCAUCCUGUUGCUCCAGGACAUGCUGAAGAACACCCCCAGGGGCCACCCCGACAGGCUGUCCCUGCAGCUGGCCCUCACGGAGCUGGAGACGCUGGCGGAGAAGCUGAAUGAGCAGAAGCGGCUGGCCGACCAGGUGGCUGAGAUCCAGCAGCUCACCAAGAGCGUCAGCGACCGCAGCAGCCUCAACAAGCUGUUGACUUCCGGCCAGCGGCAGCUGCUGCUGUGUGAGACGCUGACAGAGACGGUGUACGGUGACCGCGGGCAGCUGAUCAAGUCCAAGGAGCGCAGAGUCUUCCUGCUCAAUGACAUGCUGGUCUGCGCCAACAUCAACUUCAAGCCUGCCAACCACAGGGGCCAGCUGGAGAUCAGUAGCCUGGUGCCCCUGGGCCCCAAGUACGUGGUAAAGUGGAACACGGCGCUGCCCCAGGUGCAGGUGGUAGAGGUGGGCCAGGACGGCGGCGCCUACGACAAGGAUAAUGUGCUCAUCCAACACGCGGGUGCCAAGAAGGCCUCCACCUCGGGCCAGGCCCAGAACAAGGUGUACCUGGGUCCCCCGCGCCUCUUCCAGGAGCUGCAGGACCUGCAGAAGGACCUGGCCGUGGUGGAGCAGAUAACGUUGCUGGUCAGCACGCUGCAUGGCACCUACCAGAACCUGAACAUGACCGUGGCUCAGGACUGGUGCCUGGCCCUGCAGAGGCUGCUGCGGGUGAAGGAGGAGGAGAUCCACUCGGCCAACAAGUGCCGCCUGCGGCUCCUGCUGCCCGGGAAGCCUGACAAGUCUGGCCGCCCCAUCAGCUUCAUGGUGGUCUUCAUCACCCCCAACCCCCUGAGCAAGAUUUCCUGGGUCAACAGGCUGCAUUUGGCCAAGAUUGGACUCCGGGAGGAGAACCAGCCAGGCUGGCUGUGCCCGGACGAGGACAGGAAGAGCAAAGCCCCGUUCUGGUGCCCGAUCCUGGCCUGCUGCGUCCCUGCCUUCUCCUCCCGGGGCCUCAGCCUGCAGCUUGGGGCCCUGGUCCACAGUCCUGUCAACUGUCCCUUGCUGGGCUUCUCGGCAGUGAGCACGUCCCUUCCGCAGGGCUACCUCUGGGUUGGGGGCGGGCAGGAGGGUGCAGGGGGCCAGGUGGAGAUCUUCUCCCUGAACCGGCCCUCGCCACGCACCGUCAAGUCCUUCCCCCUGGCGGCCCCCGUGCUCUGCAUGGAGUACAUUGUGGAGCCGGAGGAGGACCCCGAGGGUGGAGACGAGAGCCAGGCGGCUGCUGACCCCUCUGCAGGGACGGUGCAUCCCACUAUCUGCCUCGGACUGCAGGACGGCAGCAUCCUGCUCUACGGCAGCGUGGACACUGGCACCCAGUGCCUGGCAACGUGCCGGACCCCAGGCCUGCAGCCCGUGCUCUGUCUGCGGCACAGCCCCUCCCAUCUGCUCGCUGGCCUGCAGGACGGGACCCUGGCCGCCUACCCUCGAAGCAGCGGAGGAGUCCCAUGGGACCUGGAGAGCCCGCCCGUGUGCCUGACGGUGGGGCCAGGGCCCGUUCGCACCCUGCUGAGCCUGGAGGACGCUGUGUGGGCGAGCUGUGGGCCCAGGGUCACUGUCCUGGACGCCACCACCUUGCAGACUCAGCAAAGCUUCGAGGCGCACCAGGACGAGGCGGUGAGCGUGACGCACAUGGUGAAGGCGGGCAGCGGCGUGUGGAUGGCCUUCUCCUCCGGCUCCUCCAUCCGCCUCUUCCAUACUGAGACCCUGGAGCACCUGCAGGAGAUCAACAUUGCCACCAGGACCACCUUCCUGCUGCCAGGCCAGAAGCACUUGUGUGUCACCAGCCUCCUGAUCUGCCAGGGUCUGCUCUGGGUGGGCACUGACCAGGGUAUCAUCGUCCUGCUGCCUGUGCCCCGGCUGGAGGGCAUCCCCAAGAUCACAGGUAAAGGCAUGGUGUCCCUCAAUGGCCACUGUGGGCCUGUAGCCUUCCUGGCUGUGGCAACCAGCAUCCUUGCCCCCGACAUCCUGCGCAGUGACCAGGAGGAGGCGGAGGGACCGCGGGCUGAGGAAGACAAGCUGGACGGGCAGGCCCAGGAGCCGGCGCCCGCGCCCGACAGCCACGUGGGCCGGGAGCUGACCCGCAAGAAGGGCAUCCUGCUGCAGUACCGCCUGCGCUCCACGGCCCACCUCCCCGGGCCGCUGCUGUCCAUGAGGGAGCCCGCACCCGCCGACAGCUCGGCGCUGGAGCACAGCGAGGAGGACGGCUCCAUCUACGAGAUGGCCGACGACCCCGACGUCUGGGUGCGCAGCCGGCCCUGCACCCGCGACGCCCACCGGAAAGAGAUCUGCUCCGUGGCCAUCAUCUCUGGCGGGCAGGGCUACCGCAACUUCGGCAGCGCCCUGGGCGGCAGUGGGAGGCCGGCCCCGUGUGGGGAGACAGACAGCACCCUCCUUAUCUGGCAGGUGCCCUUGAUGCUAUAGCCCCGUCCACCUGGAGGACGCAGCCGCAGCCGCAGCCACAGCCGCCCGCCUGCAGCCAUGCCAGGCCCUGGGUCCAGCCCCACCAGGAGCAUGGGGCGGAAAUGGCCCCAAGGACCUGCAUGGGGCUGUGCGACAGGCCUGGACUCUCCAGAAACUGCCUUGGCAGAGCUGAGGAAAACCUCAUGUUUUUAGAAAAAAAAAAAAAAGAAAAAAAAAUUCAGUGUUUUAGAGAAGGGUUUUAGGGUUUGGGGAGAGAGGACACAUCUGGAGGAAAAGGCCUUUUUAAAAGCAAAAACCACAAAACCUCACAACUGCCUGGCGAGCCUGGUACCACUGGUAUGGGCCACGCGGCCCUCCAGGAAGGGUGUGUACGUGUGAGUGUCUGAGCGCGUGGGCUGGUGUGUGAAUAUAUAUAAAUACGUAUAUAUGGUGUAUAUUAUAUGUGUAUAAAUACAAUCUGUACAUAUUGGAGCUCUGGGAGAUGCUGGAAUAAAAGGUGAGAUGUACAUUGGUA